UGUGAUGCUGCGAAGUACCAUGAAGGAAAACAAACCAGUGUAAGAAGAUAGAAACCGGGGCAGUAAAGGAGAAGGCUGGGCAGCGAAGAGAGAAAACAGCCCUGUUUAUGAGAAAGCGCUUUGCCGGGGAAAGGAGCGAUAGGCAAAGGCCUUUCAAGAAGCUCAAAAUGACCGCUGUGUGGACCAGGUGUGCUAGGUGAAGUCUAAGAGGUAGCCAGGGGCUAGGUCCUGUUGGAUUUUAUUCUAAGAAAAAUGGGAAGUAUCAGAGGGAUGAUGGGUUGUGUCUUUAAGUUUUCGAAAGAUCCCUCUGGCUGCUGAGUGUGAAUAGACCAGAGGGGAGUCGUGAGGAUAAGGAGGUUGUAAGGGUGGAAGCAAAGAGAUUGUAGAGUAGGAGGUGAUUGCAGGUGAUGAAUUGGAUGCCAGUGUGGCUAAGGCGAAAUGAGCUAGGAGAAGAAUGAUGAGAAGUAGCCAUGGGCCAGACUAGAUAGGGCCUUGUACGUCAUGGAAUUCUUUCCCAGAGAGUUGGGAGGCCUGGGGAAGAGUAAGGUGGUCCCACUUAAGUUUUACAAGGAAUACUCAGGUUGCCGUGUGUGAAUAGACUGGAGAGGGGCGAGAACGGAGGCGGGCAGAGAGUGCAGUUAGGAAACUGUAACGGGGAUGGAGGGAGACGAUGGGUCAGACUACAGUGGAGGUGGUAGAAGUAGGGUAGGAUUGGGGAUCUAAUUUGUAGAGCCAACGGUGUCGACGAAAAUUCAAUUAACUAUCAAGUUAAGAAGAAAAAAAGGGAUUUUAUUCGAGCCAAACUGAGGAUUAUCACCUGGGAAGCAGAUUCUCAGAAAGCUCUGAGAGCUCUUUCUCCUGUUAGAAGUCGAAGGUAUAGUCUGUAUAUUUUUGAGACAAAGGAUCAUACAUCAAAAUGACAUACUGAUGUUUUACAUAAAGUUCACCGAGGAUGCGUAGUCCAGCUCCAGAUUUUCUGCUGGACACUGGUAGAGACCAAAUGCCAGACCCCACGUGAGUGUGUGAGCUGAGCUGGGUGUGACGUGCUCCGCUAAGCCACAUGCCACACUCCACCAUCGAGGGGAGGUCGAUGUGGACAAUGCUAUCAGCCUUGAGCAGGUCCCAGAAGCACAACUGUCUUAGCCCUACUUUCUAGAUGGUGACACAAAGGCUCAGAGCAGCCCUACAGCUUGCCUGGAGUCACGUAACACAGAAGAGGCGGAGUUAAGUUUCAAAUUCAGGGUUCGCUGACUCCGAAGACUGGAUUCUUUCUACUAGAGGCACCUCGUUUAACCCAACAUGCUCAGAAGAGGCUGGGAAAAUGGAAGUAUUGUUAAUUCCAGUUCACCUUUGCCAAGGGUCUUCACCAUGAGUGUCCCUGACUACAUGCAGUGUGCUGAGGACCACCAGACUCUCCUCGUGGUGGUCCAGCCCGUGGGGAUCGUCUCGGAGGAGAACUUCUUCAAGAUCUACAAGAGGAUCUCAUCCGUGAGCCAGAUCAGCGUGCGCGACUCGCAGCGCGUGCUCUAUAUCCGCUAUCGGCACCACUACCCGCCCGAGAACAACGAGUGGGGCGACUUCCAGACCCACCGCAAGGUCGUGGGCCUCAUCACCAUCACAGACUGCUUCUCGGCCAAGGACUGGCCGCAGACUUUCGAGAAGUUCCACGUGCAGAAGGAGAUGUACGGCUCCACGCUCUACGACUCGCGGCUCUUCGUCUUCGGGCUGCAGGGGGAGGUGGCCGAGCAGCCGCGCACCGACGUGGCCUUCUACCCCGGCUACGAGGACUGCGGGACGGUGGAGAAGAGGAUCGAGGACUUCAUCGAGUCGCUGUUCAUCGUGCUUGAGUCCAAGCGCCUGGACAGGGCCACGGACAAGUCCGGGGACAAGAUCCCGCUCCUCUGCGUCCCGUUCGAGAAGAAGGACUUCGUGGGACUGGACACGGACAGUAGACAUUACAAGAAGCGGUGCCAAGGGCGCAUGCGGAAGCAUGUGGGGGAUUUGUGCCUGCAGGCCGGGAUGCUGCAGGACUCCCUGGUCCAUUACCAUAUGUCCGUGGAGCUGCUUCGCUCAGUGAAUGACUUUCUGUGGCUUGGAGCUGCCCUUGAAGGGUUAUGUUCAGCUUCUGUCAUCUAUCACUAUCCUGGUGGAACUGGUGGUAAAACUGGAGCUCGAAGGUUCCAGGGUAGCUCACUUCCUGCUGAAGCAGCCAACAGACAUCGACCAGGGGCACAAGAAGUUCUCAUUGAUCCAGGUGCCCUCACCACCAAUGGCAUCAAUCCAGAUACCAGCACUGAGAUUGGACGGACUAAGAACUGCCUUAGCCCUGAAGACAUAAUUGACAAAUACAAGGAGGCCAUUUCCUAUUACAGCAAGUAUAAGAACGCUGGGGUGAUUGAGUUAGAAGCAUGUGUCAAGGCCGUCCGUGUCCUCGCCAUUCAGAAGCGGAGCAUGGAAGCUUCGGAAUUUCUCCAGAAUGCAGUCUACAUCAACCUUCGACAGCUCUCCGAGGAGGAGAAGAUCCAGCGGUACAGCGUCCUCUCUGAGCUCUACGAGUUGAUCGGCUUCCACCGCAAGUCCGCCUUCUUCAAGCGCGUGGCCGCCAUGCAGUGCGUGGCCCCGAGCAUCUCAGAGCCUGGCUGGAGGGCCUGCUACAAACUCCUCCUCGAGACGCUUCCUGGCUACAGUCUGUCGCUGGAUCCGCAGGACUUCAACAAAGGCACGCACCGAGGCUGGGCUGCCGUCCAGAUGCGUCUGCUUCACGAGUUGGUCUACGCGUCCCGGAGGAUGGGGAACCCUGCUCUCUCUGUCAGGCACUUGUCCUUCCUGCUACAGACCAUGCUGGAUUUCUUGUCAGAUCAAGAAAAAAAGGACGUGGCGCAAAGCCUGGAGAACUAUACCUCCAAGUGUCCCGGAACCAUGGAGCUCAUCACCCUCCCUGAUGGCCUCACGCUGCCCCCGGUGCCCUUCACCAAACUUCCCAUCGUCAGGCGUGUGAAACUGUUGAACCUUCCUGCCAGCCUCCGGCCACAGAAAAUGAAAAGCUUGCUGGGCCAGAGCAUGUCGACCAAGAGCCCCUUCAUCUACUCACCGAUCAUCGCACACAACCGUGGGGAAGAGCGGAACAGGAAAAUAGAUUUCCAGUGGGUUCAAGGAGAUGUGUGUGAAGUUCAGCUGAUGGUAUAUAACCCAAUGCCAUUUGAACUCCGAGUUGAAAACAUGGGGCUGCUCACGAGUGGAGUGGAGUUUGAAUCUCUCCCCGCGGCGCUCUCCCUCCCGGCUGAGUCUGGUCUUUACCCAGUGACGCUUGUUGGGGUCCCGCAGACGACGGGGACGAUUGCUGUGAAUGGUUACCACACCACGGUCUUCGGUGUCUUUAGCGACUGUUUGCUGGACAACCUCCCGGGAUUAAAGACCAGCGGCUCCACGGUGGAAGUCAUCCCUGCUCUGCCCAGACUGCAGAUCAGCACGUCUCUGCCCAGGUCUGCACAUUCACUGCAACCUUCCUCUGGUGAUGAAGUAUCCACUAACGUGUCAGUCCAGCUUUACAACGGAGAAACUCAGCACCUUGUUGUGAAACUGGAAAAUAUUGGGAUGGAGCCACUGGAGAAACUGGAAGUCACCUCAAAAAUUCUCACCACCAAAGAAAAAUUAUAUGGUGACUUCCUGAGCUGGAAACUAGAAGAAACCCUUGCCCAGUUUCCCUUGCAACCUGGAGAGGUGGCCACUUUCACCGUCAGCAUCAAAGUGAAGCUGGAUUUCUCUUGCCAGGAGAAUCUCCUCCAAGACCUCAGUGACGACAGCAUCAGUGUGAGUGGCUUUCCGCUGUGCAGCCCCUUCCGCCAGGUCGUGAGGCCCCGGGUGGAGAGCAAGCCCGUGAACCCAGCUGAGGGCAGCCGGCCUGGGGACCUGGGUCACGUGAAGACCCUGGAAGCUAUCCUGAAUUUCAAAUACUCCGGAGGCCCGGGCCACAUUGAAGGAUAUUACAGGAACCUCUCCCUGGGGCUGCACGUAGAGGUUGAGCCAUCUGUAUUCUUCACACGAGUCAGUACUCUGCCGGCAACCAGUACCCGGCAGUGCCACCUGCUCCUGGACGUCUUCAACUCCACGGAGCACGAGCUGACAGUCAGCGCCCGGAGCAAUGAAGAGCUCAUCCUGCACGCCGGCGAGUGCCAGCGAAUGGCUAUUCAAGUGGACAAGUUCAACUUUGAGAGUUUCCCAGAAUCCCCUGGGGAGAAGGGGCAGUUUGCAAAUUCCAAGGAGCUGGAGGAGGAGAGGCAGGAAGCCCGAGGCCUGGAGAUCAACAGCAAGCUGGACAUCCACUGGACCAUCCCCUCUCUGAAGCGCACAGGUGAGGCGAGUGUGGAAGGACUCCUGAGCCAGCUGGUCCUGGAGCACCUGCAGCUGGCCCCUCUCCUGUGGGACGUGCUGGUGGACGGACAGCCCUGUGACCGCGAGGCGGCGGCCUGCCGGGUGGGCGACCCCGUGCGCCUGGAGGUGAGGCUGACCAACCGGAGCCCGCGCAGCGUGGGGCCCUUCGCGCUCGGCGUGGUGCCCUUCCAGGACCACCAGAACGGCGUGCACACCUACGACCUGCGCCAUGCCGUCUCCUUCGUGGGCUCCGGCACCUUCUACCUGGACAAGGUGCGGCCGUCGGGCCAGUCAGCCUGCCUCGGGGCCCUUCUGUUCCUCUGCACGGGCGACUUCUUCCUCCGCAUCCGCUUCCACGAGGACAGCUCCAGCAAGGGGCUGCCCCCCUCCUGGUUCCGCCUGCCCAGCGUGCACGUGCGCGCCCUGGGGGCCCCGGCCUGAGCCGCUGCUCCCGCGGGGAGAGGUGACCAGAGCGCCCCCGGGCAGGGGACAGGCCUUUGCUGCAACUCCUGUCCACUCCUCCCACCCCUCACCUCCCCUCCUACCUGCGGCGUCCUCUCUGGGCUUUGCAGGGGCCCCCAGGCUUGGCAGCCGUGCCCCUUCCCACACUGGCCAUCAGGGAUCCCCUGCAAGAGGCCGCUGCUAGGGUGAAUGCUGACCAAACCCCAGAGUGUGGCCCUGGGUCCCUGCACCUGUUCUGUGACCUGGGGUUCACAGCCCAGCCAGCAGGAAGAAAAGGUGAGCGUGAGGGAGGGGCACAGCCGGGGUGGGUCUGGGGAGCCUCCGUCGGCCUCCUCGGCCCUUGGAAUCCCCCGAGGGCUGGCUUUUCUCCCAGGGGUCCCGAGGCAGCCCAGCCAGGAGAGAUGGCACCGUGGUUGGCUCCAAGCCACCUGCCCCCGGUGGGUAGACGGUCACCUGUGUCAGCUGUUCUGGCCCCUGGGCUGGUUCCAGGCUGGGCUCUGGGGGGCCACGGCCUGUGUGUGUCUGCGUGUGGGUGGCAGAUUCUCCAAUAAAGGGCCUGCCUCGCUUC